GCUUCGCAGCCCCGGCUCCAGUCCCUGCAGUGGCUGUAACAAAACCCAGACCCCCAGGUCCGGGCCAAUGGAGGCGAUUUAGACUGGAGCGGGACCGCGUCUGUCAAAAACCCGACUCGGCAGCAGCGGCAGAGUCCAGAAGGAGAGCUGGAGCUGCUGCACUACUUCCCCGCCCCCGCCGGGAUUUAUUGAGUAUUUGGACUGGACAAUUAAGUGGCCCUGAUGAUGUUACCAAGCCCGGUCACCUCCACCCCUUUCUCAGUCAAAGACAUUUUGAAUCUGGAGCAGCAGCAGCAACAGCACUUCCACGGCGCGCACUUGCAGGCGGACUUGGAGCACCACUUCCACUCCGCACCGUGCAUGCUGGCCGCCACCGAGGGGACUCAAUUUUCUGACGGAGGGGAAGAAGACGAGGAAGAAGAGGGCGACAAACUGUCCUAUUUGAACUCACUAGCCACAGCCGAUGGCCACGGGGGCUCGGGGCUCUGUCCCCAGAGCUACGUCCACACAGUCCUGCGAGACUCGUGUAGCGGGCCUAAGGAACAUGAAGAGGAGCCCGAGGUCGUGAGGGACCGGAGCCAAAAAAGCUGCCAGCUGAAGAAGCCUCUGGAGGUGGCCGGGGAUUGUAAGGCGGCGGAGGAGAGCGAGAGACCCAAGCCACGCAGCCGCCGGAAGCCCCGGGUCCUCUUCUCGCAAGCCCAGGUCUUCGAGCUGGAACGCAGGUUCAAGCAGCAGAGGUACUUGUCGGCGCCCGAGCGCGAGCACCUCGCCAGCAGCUUGAAGCUCACGUCCACGCAGGUGAAGAUCUGGUUCCAGAACCGCAGGUACAAGUGCAAGAGACAGCGGCAGGACAAGUCUCUGGAGCUGGGCGCGCACGCACCUCCGCCGCCACCGCGCCGCGUGGCAGUGCCUGUGCUGGUGCGGGACGGCAAGCCGUGCGUCACGCCGGGCGCGCAAGCCUACGGCGCGCCCUACAGCGUGGGUGCGGGCGCCUACUCCUACAACAGCUUCCCCGCCUAUGGCUAUGGGAACUCGGCCGCCGCCGCCGCCGCCGCCGCCGCUGCCGCCGCCGCCGCCGCGGCGGCCUACAGUGGCAGCUACGGCUGUGCGUACCCGGCAGGCGGCGGCGGCGGCGGCGGCGGCGGCGGCGGCGGGGCCUCCGCGGCGGCCGCGGCCAUGCAGCCCGCCUGCAGCGCUGCCGGAGGCGGCCCCUUUGUGAACGUGAGCAACCUAGGCGGCUUUGGCGGCGGUGGCGGCGCGCAGCCGUUGCACCAGGGUGCGGCGACCGGGGCUGCUUGCGCGCAGGGCACCUUGCAGGGCAUCCGGGCCUGGUAGGCACGCGACUGGUCACGCGGCAGUCGCCCCACUGCAGCCUGGCACCGCGGGACUGAAGCGCGAGAAAGGUUGGACCUUAGGGCCAGGUCCCCUCGUUAAAAAAAAAAAAAAAAAAAAAAAAAGCCACACAAAACAACAACAACAACAAAAGACACGUCUCGAUCUCCAGGGCCCCGGAGCACAGCUAGAGCGAAGCCUGGGGAAGGGGGAUGAGGGGCGAGGAGGAUGCCCGAGACCGGUCGCGGAGACUGUCUCUGAGGCAGAAACUCCGGCUGGGUGCCGGGGAGGACAAUGGCCCCGACUCUGGCCCCGAAGUGAGUGCGAGAGGCUGGGACUCUGGCUUCCGUUUGGUUCUCCCAAACCAAGAAGGCCUUCUUUCCCCUUGGCCUUCCCGCGGCUUCCGCGAAAUGUCGGCAGAAAACCCAAGGACAAAAAAAAAAAAAAAAAAAAAAAAAAA